AUGGCCAAAGUUCAAGGACCUUGGUCAUUUGUUUACUGGCAGGUAAGCUUAAAUGGGCAUAGAUUGUAACAGUAAAUCUAAUGAUGGCAAUAUCACCAUUCUUUUCAUUAUAUUACUAUUAUUAUUAUUAUUAUUAUUAGUGUAACAAUGAUGUUAAUCGAUUUUUAAAAACGUAUUUUGUUGACACGAAAGCAAAGUUGAUUGACAACAUUCAUUUUGUGUUUUACUUGAUAGGACAUAUUAAAUCUCAACAAAAUUAAUGCAAAGAAGAAGGGGGAGGGUGCUGACCAAAAAUUCUAAUCAAUUACACAACCCACAUUUCUCUGGUGAACUUUUUUUAUAUUACGGCAAUUAAUUUCUUUUCCCUUGGGAGUUUGAACAUUUGUUAGGGUGUUUUUAGGAAAAACCAAAUAUGGACUCAUUAAUUCAUUAAUCCUAAAAUAUUUUCGUUAAUUUGCUAAAAUCAAUUGAAGUGGAUUUUGAAUCUAAACCAAUCGCACAUGAAUUUGUUAGAUCAAAUCUAAAUCCUGAUUCCUAUGUUAUCUGUUCUUUUCACACACCAGUCAGAAAAAAAAAAUACUCCUUUUAUGCGGUUUCCCCAUUGAAAAUAUGAGGUCCACCCUGUUCUCAUGAGUUCAUGUAGGUAUUGUGGACACGCCGAAGAAAAAAUUUGGGUUUUUUUGUCUCUGUCGAAAUAUCGAACGCAAGGAAUUUGAGAACCAAAGAUAUUUACUUGGAUUUUCCCAAAGAAAGGCAACGCGCCACUUUGUAGUUUCUUUUGUUUUUAUUGCUAUUUUUGUGCAGGCAAAUGAGCAGAAACUUUGGUUUGGUCGAGAUUACUUUGGACGUCGCAGCUUGUUAUGGCAUCUUCCAACAGAUUCAAACGAUGUUCUAGCUGUGACAUCAGUGACAGAAAGAAACUCUUCUGCAACUGAUAAACUGGUAUUCAUUUCCUUUUCUUUUCUUUUUUUUUUCUCUAACCUUUCACGUUGAUCCUUUUCUUCUCGCUUAAAAUGCUUGUGUGAGGGGGUGAAAAAGAAUACAAUUGUUGGAUGAUGCAACAGAUCCUUCACAAAAUGACACGCACCAUAACCAAACCACGAUCCUCGGAGAGCGUCUCUUAAGCGUUAAAUUUUGAUCGUUCCUUCAUAACAUGGAUGGUAUAGAGUGCUACUUUUUUCAUGUCUUUAUACUAUCUUUGGCGGCGGUGUAGCUUUGGUUAAGCUGUUCACAAAAUUGUUUAUUGAGAAAAAACUUAUAAUUCUCAGAUAAAAAUCACUCAUAUAUAAAAAUAACACUUACCCCCUCUACUCCCCGCGCCUCUAGAUUUCAAUUUAUUCUCCAAACUUCCAGUUUGGACAUCUCUGGUAAGCCGACGCCUGGUCCAAAAUCUGGCCAUUUACUAGAACUCUGACUGUGUGCCCGAUGAAAUAGGAGUUCCACGUAGUAGACGGCCUUAUAUUUGCUUCAUUUACUCAAGAUUGUGUAUAAUACCUUCGUGAUUUGAAGUGAUUUAAUUGAUAGGUUGUAGGUUCAUUAAUACCACAGUCAAUCUUUAAGACAGAGUUUAUCGACUCGGCCAACAAAACAUCAUGGCUCACAAUAUACAUAAUGUACAUCACACUCACCCUUUAAUCUGCUUAUGACAUAAUUCCCAGGCUCAAACCGUUUAAAACGUUAAAACGUGCUUUAUGGUUAUUUCAGCACUUCGAAGAAGUUCCUGCAGAUGGCUUAUAUUGUGUGGAUUUGCUAAAUAACACCAGUGAAGAGAACACGAAAAAACCUUUUGCCAUUCGCAAAUUUGAGUGGAGUUCCAAGGAUGGAGAUUUUCAAAACUCUAUGUCCUUAAGCUGUCCCGUGUCACCGUUUAAUAAGCAGAUGCCUUCAAAGGAAGAUCUACGUGUUAUUGCGGAGACCCGACAAAGAAUUUGCUUAAAGGAUGAAGAAAAACUGGAAGAAAAUUUUACAUCAGAAAUCAACAACAUUUCUAGCAAGGAUAAGAAUGCGAAAGUCGAAAAGAUCGCUGUCGAAAGCGAGUUUUCUUAUCUUGACAACUCUAAAAGUAUAGCAGGCUUAAGUAAAUCGGAACUCCAAGAUGCGUGUCCUAAUUGUGAAGAACGAUACGAGCUCCGAGCUCUUGAAAAUUGUAAUAGCACUGUAAAUUCGAGAUUAAGUUCACCCAACAGAACGCCCACAAGAAAUGUUGAGUUAAAUGCCUCCGACAGUCUACCCUUUCUAGCCUCCAGAAGUCUUUCAAAACUUAACGACGCAGAAAAUUCGCGACAUAGUUUUGAAGAAACUAUACCUCGUGAAGCAACGCCAAGCGAAGCUGGUGAUUGUAAAAGUAUACUACAAGCAUGUUGUGAUCGUGGUUCGGUGGGAACACGGUGGAAUUCUACCUUUGAAGCGCUCAGAGACAAGUUUGUUACUGUUCUCGGUGAAGCAGUGAGAAAGAGAGUUUUUAACUUGCCAAGGAUAAAGAGUAACUCCGUAUCAUUAGGUUUACAAGAAACUUCAUCCAGUUUGACUGCAAAAGAGAAGAGCUCUCUGGAAACUAAGGACAAAGAUGCUCGAGUCGGAAUUUUAUUUUCUGGUGGUAUUGACUCAAUGAUGAUAGCAGCUUUAGCGGACAGGUAAGGCGGUUGAGUAUGCGUAUAGUUGUGCUAUUGCAUUGCAACAUACCAAGGUUCAAGCUUUUCUAUCUCACGGCUUUUUUUGGUGUAGCCUACACAGAAACAUCUCCAGUCUCACUAGCCUGCGUAGCAAGCGUUUACAAUCGAGUCAUUGAGCGAAAGUUUGAGCGAGAGCAAAAGAAAUCAUUCCUUUUAUUGCUAUCGUCCCACAUUUCAAGACGAACUCGUGCGAGAAAUGCUUGCUACGCAGGCUAGAGUCUUGAUAAAAAAAAUUGAAAGAGCUACCCACAGAGAUACGUAAAAACGGACGGGAACCAAAUGUAUCAAAAGACAACAACAACAAAAUAAAAAUUAAUAAAGUAACGCACACACAAAAUAAUUGUUUCUUUGACCUAAAAUUAAAUGUGCUGAAACACCGACGUGUUUACCCACUAAGCGAUGAAACGAAGGAGGAGAGCCGGAAAAACCAAGGGGGAAAGUGGGGUUUGAUCAAACAAAGUAUAGCGAACUCAUGAACUCAAGACAGUUUGCCCGUUUGCCAUUACUUUACAAAAGGUGUCAUCGUUUAACAACUUUCAACUUUUUUUAGGUCUGUUCCUUUGGAUGAAGCCAUAGAUCUUAUAAAUGUAGCUUUUGAACAAAAGCCGCGUUCGAGCAACGCACAAACGAAAAGUAGUAAGAAAAGAAAGGAGAAGCAAAGUGCAAAAGCAGCAGCCAAUAUAGAAACAACAAACUUCAGCGUUCCAGAUAGAUUGACUGGAACAGCAGGUUUGGAAGAACUUCGACGCAUUAACCCGGCACGACAGUGGAACUUAAUUGAGGUAAGUUUGCGCGUAAUGAUGCGGUUAAAGCCCUCUUUACUAGGACGUAGGGUAGACAUAACGGCUGGGUUACCUAGCAAUAGAGACAAAGUAGCCAAGGUUUUUCGUGGAUGACUUUUUUUUUCGGUAGGUAUGGAUUAUACCCUGUUUAAACUGGUCUGAAGAAAUUUUUGAACGAUUUUCCCCACGUGCAGCAAGAAACCUGGCCAAAAUUUGUCCGAACUUUUCUGAACGGGCACUUAGUAUCCUUUGCAGUCUUUUUUUCUGAGAAGCGCUGCGUGACGACAGAAAGAAGGCAGCGAAGGAGACUAGGGAUGGCUCGUCUACCCAAGAAACCUCAAUCAAACACUAUGUUUGUACUACCUCAGUUCAGUCGAACUUGUCCUUUCAAAAGUGUCUAAAAUACGUACAGCGCUCUUGAUUCCAGAGAUAGGAACCUUCAUACAUGUAGGUAAAACGUAAAGGGGCACACGAGCCACGUUUCUGUAGCAUGAAGCAAACCCAAGAGUAUUGCUACUCCUCCCUGUACGAGAUGCUAGUCCAACGCAGGGUUUCCCCCCCCCCCCCUUAGCAGUAUGUCGCCGGUACCCAGUUAUACACCUGUGUGAAGAGACACAAAGGGGAAUAAAGUUCCUUGUCUAAGGAAACAACGCGACGGGCAAGGCCUGAGCCCCGGACCUCCAGAUCCAGAGUUCGAGGUGUUAACCGGUCGGCCACACACGCCUCCACGAAUCUUCAGAUAAUUGUGAAUUUAUUCACAAGAACUUUUGACAGCCCAGAGGUUGGCUUUUCAGUUGAAUUGUAGGCAAGGCAAGUGUCAUCCGCUGCACUCGUGUUUAAACUUCAGAACACUCUUUGGACAUAAUUUGAAUCACACAAAACCUGAAGAAAGGGAUGUGUUUGCAGAUACUUAGUGGUAUUUCCUAUUGCUUUUAACCAUUUUGUCUCCUUUGCCUUAAGGUUGAUGUGACCCUUGAAGAGCUACAACAAAUGAGGUACGAAUCGUAUGGUGCGUUUAAGCCACUGCUGUCUACUCCUACAGUACUUCCUUUCCAAAUGCCAAGAAUGACGCGCUGCUAAGUCCUAAUUUUAAAUUUUACUCUUUAAAUUCAAACUUUUUGUUCCCAAUGAUCAGGUCGCGCCAUGUCAGCCAUUUAGUGUCUCCUUUAAAUACUGUGUUAGAUGAUAGUAUCGGCUGUGCCUUAUGGUUUGCUGCUCGUGGGACUGGUCAUUUGCGCUCCUCACACAUGAACUGUGGUCUUGAGGAUACCCUUUUGGUUGGUAAUAAAGAGGAUAUAUACACAAGUCAAGCUAAGGUAUAGAACACAAACAUUUAGUACAACUUACUUUCCUCAAAGUUAUCCUAUUCUAGGCAGUGUUAUUGUCUAAGCUGUAGAGUUUACCGUAUCUACUCAAAUUUAAACUUUUGCGAGGGCGGCGCAUAUUUAAGGGUAGAGUUUUUUUAAAAGUUGGACGCGAGAUAAAGAAUUGUGUUAACUACGGUAUCAUUAAUUUCCGUAUUAUACUCCCACUAUUAACGACUUCUGAUUUUGAUUAUAUAAGGACUGCGACGCUUAUUCGGGGGCGGCACUUAUUCUAAAACUUCUUUCUUCCAAAUGCGGCGCUUAUUCCGGGGUCGGUGCUUAUUCAAGAAAAUACGGUGUGAAGAUUCAUGUACAUAUUGCCCGAAAUAUCUGUCACAUAAUCUGCCACUGUGGUCAAAGAGAUAUAAAGUUGUAAAUGUAUUAAACGAGAUAUUUUACACAGCCAAACAUUCAAAGAUGUAAGCACAAAUAAAGGAAAAAUGAUCGAAGAGUCGAUUUUAGUAUCAGACGAAGGACUGUUGAACGACCUUAUUGUUGGUUUUAUUUAAUGUAAAUAUUUUUUUGUUUGUUUGUUUUAGGUAUUGUUGGUCGGUAUGGGAGCUGAUGAGCAACUCGGAGGAUACGCCAGGCACAGAACCCGCUUUAUGUAAUUACUUGUUCUAUUUACAGUCAAACCAAGUCAAGCGUACCCCCCAAGAUUCUUUUAAUGAAUUGAUUAUUUGAAAAAUAAAUCCGUUUGUCGUUCCCGUAACUGGUGUCAAAUUCAAAGCGGCAUUUCUGCAUGCGUAAUGAGCAGUGAAUAUUUUACGAGAACUUCUCUGUAUUUGGUCAGAUUGGAAAUCUUUGAAUGGAUUAAGCUUCUUAGAAGAACACGGCUCAUUACACAUGCAAGAAUGCAGAGAUCAAUCUGAAAUCUACAACUAGCAACGGAUUCAACUUUUGAAUAAUAAAUUCAUUAAUGUAUUCUUGGGGGGUACGCUUGACCUGGUUUGACUGUAAUAUUUGAGCAAUAGAAAACGUUGUCCGUGUUUGCAUAGAAACAGGAGAGGGGUUGGGAGAAUUCGAGACAGUUAUGUAAACCCGAGACGAAGUCGAGAAUUCUCUUAACCCGUCGAGUGUUUGUAUCAGGCUAUGCAAAUACAGGAAAAAAGUUUUCUAUAGCUUUUAUAAAUCAACUUUCCGGAGAAAAGUCGCGAAGUCUUGUACACGAAGUUCUUUAAUCUUACAUGCUUAAUCAGUUGUAUUGCAAAAACGAGGCUUUCCAAAAUACGAAUUUUUUCCGCUCAAAAUGUCGGCUCAAGAAUAAAAAAAUGAGACAGCAUGUUUUGUAAAGUUUUUCUAGUUUCAGCCGACGAGGGAAUGGGUAAUUAAAGUAAACUUGUCGAGGUUUCAACUCGAAAAGAUGUCACACCAUGUUUACAUACUCUCAUGCAAACACGCCUCUCGGCCAAUCAGAGCGCGCGCACUAUCUUAGUUAUGUUAUACAAGUUUAUUUGAUUUGGGGCGUAUCUUGAUCCGGGAGCUGGAUUUGAAUAAACGACUGUUUAACCCGUAUUGCCCCAAAAUCCACAAACUAGUUCCCCAGACUGAUCUCCGUGCAUUUCUUUAUUAGAUCAGCUGUGAGAGAAUUUGUCAAAAGAUAAAAGCAAUUUCCCUUUAGUGAAAAUGAUAUUUUCGCUUCAAUAUUUAGUAAUAUUGUAAGAGGAAAAUUGAUGUUGGUCUCUCUUAGGACAUGAGGGUUAAAUGGAGUUGAUCUGAGAGUGUGGUAGGUAGGGUGACCUCGAAUGACUGAAAUUUUUGGAAGGGUUAGUCCUCGGAAUUCGCUUUCCAGCAUUCUCAGGGACAAAUGAAAACGUUGUAAAGCACAAGCGAAUUUUUGGAUCAUUUUGCAGUAGUUUUGUCUUUAGGGUUGCGGCCGAGUUAACCCCACCCCCAAUUAAUCUGAUUCUGGAAAAUAAGCUUCAAGAAUGCCCGGAUGAAAUUGCGUAGAGGAGCGGAAAAGUAGAAGAGGAAGCUUUGCCUAACUGUUCCUCAUACCAUAGUUAUUAAAGUGGAAUGGUUAUGAAACCCGUUCGACUUUGUUAUAUGUUUUUGUUAGCUUUUUUAGACCUGACCGUGAACAACGUUCAAUAGCAUUCCUAUCAUUUUGAACUUACUGACCAAUAGAGACAUCGCAUUUAAAUUAUUCAGUUACAAUUUGUGAACAAAAAACAAAGGAUUGUGCACGGUCAGAGCGCUUCCGACAUAAACUAUAGCACCGUCGUUUUCAACUUUGAUGUUUGCAGGCUUUCAUAACUAGUCUUUUGCUCUUGAUGUCUACAUAUUAAAUUGUAGCAAUACAAGACUAGUAUCUAACUCGGAAACCUAACGGUUUAUUAAGAUGCUAGGCAUUUCCUUACCUGUAAUGUAUUUUUAGUUUUUCUUUUAUUACACUGUAUGUAACUGACCGUUAGACUAAAACUACCUUCUGCAACAUUUCUAAAGCCAAAUGUAAAUAAAGCUUGUUGUUGUUGUUUGUUCUCCCCUACUAACUAGAUCACACACAUCCUUGCUUUCUUUUGUAUUUCAGCAACGAAGGUUGGUCAGGUUUAAUAGAUGAGAUAGAAAUGGAAGUGAAACGCAUUUGGAAGAGAAACCUUGGACGUGAUGAUAGGUCAGCGUUUACUGUAUGAAUAUUGAAUUUCAUCUGCAGUGGAGCCCCGAAGCCUUUUUGAAACUAUGUAUAUAGUAGACCAAUUAUCUGCCUCACACGAAUGAUUUGCCCAGAGAUAAAAACGUAUUCAAACUUGUAAUAACUCAAAGUUUGUUUAAUUCAGUUAAAUUCCGAAAAUGAAUCUCAGAUGGUCAGAGACUGUUUUUUUCGACUGAGUUUGCCACUGAGGUGCUCUAGAUGUGUGAUGGCAUGCAGGUUUUUCUGAAGUUUACCCGGUGCUAAUCCUGGAAACGACAUUAGAGUGUCCGUGCAAGCAUCCUGUCCAACUGUUUCCUCGAGUUUAUAGCUAGAAAAAUGGUUCGUGUGACAGGAAAUCCGGUUAGACUAGUAACCUCUCUCUGGAUCUAUCAUUGAGUCCGGCUACACGAUUUUCUGUGACUGACCCUAUUUGCAUUUUUCUGCUUAAAGAGCUGAUUGAUUCAUUGCGCCGUUGAUCGUGCCUGCACCCUCCUUUCCUGUCAGAUUAUCCGUAGGUUCCAUUCAAAAGUCAACCUAAAUUAAGCAGCCAUCAGCUGGCUAUUGUUGACUGUAUUCCUAGAUUGUCCAGUUGAGGCUUAUAAAUAUAUUUUUUUAACACCAGAAGACAGCUGUAUUGAUCUGUUUAAUUUUUCUGAGGCAUCUUUCAUUCGCUAUGAUUAAGUUAACAGUAUUGUUUGAAAAUGAUUUUCAGGUGUAUAUCGGACCACGGUAGGGAAGCGCGGUUCCCCUUUCUUGAUGAGGACGUUGUCUCGUUUCUGAACAGUUUGCCAGUGUGGAUCAAGGUAGAGUGCAAAAUUUAUUUUUUGGUAUGGGGUUGCUAAUGUCCUUAGCUUGUGAAUGCAAAAGCAUAAAAUGAAGAUUACUUUACAAAGUGUAUAGUGUUACGGAUUUGAGUUCUCUUUUGCAUUUUUCUUGGAUAAGGUUUCCCAUUCCCUUUCUAGUGGUAAAAAUUUGUCAAUAGACCUUUUCGGAUUCCAGUUCAAUAUGUAUGAUCCGAAGAACACAUUGAACGGGCUUUGUAGCUUAUCCUUUACUUUACUGAUAUCUUUUUUUACCAUUAGUUUUCAAGGAUAACUUUUCUGCUUUGAAGUCGUGGGGGUAUGACGCUUUUUAGUGACAAAACUCAACUUCUCAAUUUCAGACAGACCCAGCCCUGCCGAGGGGGACAGGGGAAAAAGUUCUACUGCGCCAAGCGGCAAGGGUGCUUGGUUUGACGUCAUCAUCACAAUUGCCCAAACGGGCAAUCCAGUUUGGGUCUCGAAUUGCUAAAAUGGAGAGUAACGGAGAGAAGGGCUCGGAGACUUGCUCAAGGCUAGAGUUUUAACGAGAAUUUACUUUGACCUGUUAGUGAGUACCACACUCCAGUACCGUGGUUAAUAAUAGCAAUUAAAUACCCUGUUCAGCAAAACAGGCAAAGAUUUUUUUCAAGUCAGGAUGAACAAGAGCCCCGCCCCUCUCCACGGAGAGGAGAAACUUUCUUUUGGUAUGAUUUUGCGCUCUGAAAAUGAUUCAUACCCUGGUUAUUCAAAUGUCGGAUAGAGCUAUCCGCUGGAUUAAUCACCAUUCAGGGGAUAAGUAUUAAGGAAACCAAUUGCAUUAAUCACUGAAUAAAGCUGGUUUUAACCAGUGGUUAGCGUCGUCCACCUCUCGAACAAAUGGGCCAAGAUUGCCAAUAGCUUCAUUAAAUGUACUGUGACAAAACAUCGUCAAGGUCUAUCUGCUCUUAUAGUGUUUCGCAGAUUGUAUUUAUUCUAGUGCAUUUUUGCAUUAAACAUUUAUUUCCUGCGCGUGGUG